UACUAAGGUUGAUAGUUAGCUCGCGGGGUUAUUUUGCAAGUGUGUGAAAAUGUGUCCGAUAUCAUUUGAUACGGUUUAAAGUAGAUUUUGAUAUUGUCAAACACGGACUAUAAACGUGGAACCGACGAUGUUAUCAACCACAAUUCCAUAUCGUUUUGUUAUCGGGUCUAGGAAAGUAAGUUAGCUUGUUAGCUAAAGCAUAGCUUACUGAUUUAGCUAGUUUUCAAAUAGUUCUGGAUAUCAAGCAAUCAGCUAUCUAACUAAUGUGAACGGUCAGUGGAAUGAAAACGGUGAUGUCAGAAUAAUCAGCUAUAAUUCAGUGCUCUAACUACAUAAUUCAUAUGAAGCGAUAGAAGAAUUCAUGAUGGAUGAGGAUUCUGCCGACCCAUCCAUCCCCCCUCUCUCCCGCUCCACUGAACCCAACCCUCCUCUCUCCCGCUCCACUGAACCCAACCCUCCUCUCUCCCGCUCCACUGAACCCAACCCUCCUCUCUCCUGCUCCACUGAACCCAACCCUCCUCUCUCCCGCUCCACUGAACCCAACCCUCCUCUCUCCUGCUCCACUGAACCCAACCCUCCGGAGUCACUGGUUCCUGACUCUAACCAUAGAGACAUCGACACCUGCAGUGAAAUACCCAGAUUUAACAUUGUAGUCAAAGAGGAGGAGGAAGACUGGGAUGUGGAUGAUACUGGAGAGAAUCCUAACCCCGGCUCUGGUGAAGAGGCAUCAGCAGAACAACACCAGGAGAAUCCUGCAGCUAAGAAGCCAUGGCGAUGCCCCCAAUGUGGAAUAGAAAUCGCUCACCCAUCCAAUAUCAACAGACACCUGAGAACACACACAAAACCUGCUAAGGAGUCUUCCGUCUGUCCAGUAUGUGGAAAAGACUUUGUUCACCCCUCCAAACUGAAGAGACACCGCCAAACACAUACAGGAGAGAAGCCUUACCAGUGCUCUGUGUGCGGGAAGCGAUUCACACUGAAGCCCCACCUGGAAAGACAUCAGAUGACCCACCCUGGAGGGAAGCAGCCAGACGCGACAAAGAGGCACCCGUGCUCCGAUUGUGGAAAGGAAUUUUUCUCUGCAUAUGAACUGAAGAUGCACAUGAGAAAGCACACCGGGGAGAGACCUCACCAGUGCUCCUACUGCGAGAUGAGCUUUGGCUGUAAGGGAACUCUAUCGAGACACGUACGACGCCAUACAGGAGCACCCACACCGAAACCUUACCAAUGCUCACAGUGUGGGAAGAGAUACGAGUCACCGUCGAGGCUCAGGCAGCAUCAGACUGUGCACACUGGAGAGAAACCUUACAAGUGCUCUGAUUGCGGGAGGGGUUUCGCUUCGACCGAAGGUCUUCGCAAACAUCAAUGCAGUCAUGCCAGUAAUCAUAGCAACCAGUGUACACUGGGAAUUCGAGAUACGUCGUCAUCGGGCUGUCAAACUAUGAAUAUCAAGAUCGAAGACGAGGAACAGGAAAUUAAUGUCAAAGAGGAGGAGGAGGAAAUUGUUGUUUUUGUCAAUGGUGAUAAAGAAACCUUACCAGUGUACCACCUGUAAUCAGAGCUUUGUUCACCCUAGCUCUCUAGCAAGACACAAAAUAUCCCACACUAGUGUCACGCAGUACAGCUGUUCAGAAUGUGGGAAGGAAUUCAGCCAAUCAUGGACUUUCAAGAUACACAUGCAACAGCACACCGGAGAGAAACCACACCGCAGCUCUCCGUGUAAUAAGAGUUUCUCAGCUGUUGCACUUCUCAGAAGACACCAGAUGGUUCACACUAGGGUGAAACCUUACCCCUGCUCUCUCUGUAGGAAUAGAUUCUCCUCGUCAGCAAACCGAUCCAGUCAAAGACAUCAUGUCCUUGCCAAAGAAUGUAGCUGCUUCUUCCCUGAACCAAUCUCGUGGACAGGGAUCACAACAGCAGGUGUCUAUUCUAGUACCGGAUGUCAAAGUGAAAGAGAAGAAGGAAGAUCCUGCUUUUGGUGAACUGAAGCGUUUAUUUUGUACUAUUGCUUUGAUAUUGAAUGGGCCCAUACUUGUGACCUCUUGCUUAAACUUAGGCUUAGUUUCUUGAGAUCUCUUGCUUAAGCUUUUCCCAUGAAAUAACGUAGCCCUAUUCUAACACAACCAGCUGACAGCAUGAGAUAAUGUAGCCCUAUGUUAACACGACCAGCUGACAGCAUGAGGAAUCGUAACCCUAUGCUAACACAACCAGCUGACAGCAUGAGAUAAUGUAGCCCUAUGCUAACACAGCCAGUUGACAGCAUGAGAUAAUGUAGCCUUAUGCUAACACGACCAGCUGACAACAUGAGGAAUCGUAACCCUAUGCUAACACAACCAGCUGACAGCAUGAGAUAAUGUAGCCUU